GGAUUCGGUGAGGGACACCAACAGGAAUUCGGUGCGGGUAUGCCAGUGUGUAUUUGGUAAGGGGAUGCCAAUGGGUAUUGGGUAAGGAGAUGGAUAUUUGAUAAGGGGAUGCCAACAGGAAUUUGGUGAGGGGGUGUCAAUUGGCAUUCGGGGGGAUGUCAGUUGGCAUUCAGUGAAGGAACACCAACAGGAAUUCGAUGAGGGGAUGCCAAUGGUUAUUUGGUGAGGGGAUGCCAAUAGGUAUUUGGUGAGGAGGCACCAACAGGAAUUUGGUGAAGGGGUGUCAAUUGGCAUUUGGUGAAGGAACGCCAAUUCGGUGAGGGGAUGCCAAUGGGCAUUCGGUGACACCCCAUCCGCGUCCCCCCCCCGACACCUCUCCUCCUUCCUUCUCAUGGAACUGGCACAUUGCCUUUGGGAGGGGGUUGGCGCCUUGCGACCCCGAAGGAUGUUACCCGUCCCCUAAUUUGGAGGGGGGUAUCUCUGCCAUCUUAAAGAGAGUUGGGGGUUGUGGCGGCGGCCUCCCUCGGCGCCAGCGUUGGGAGCGCGAUGCCCUCCUAGCUGAACCGGACCCCCUUCUCGCCAUGUUCAAGAUGGAGAAGGCCCUCGGCAACCUCAGCGUGGUGGUGCCAGCGUCGCGCCUCACGCCAGCCUUCCCGCCGGCGGUCAAGGUCGGACUCACGGCGCUGUACACGGCCCUCUACGCCUUGCUCUUCCUCUCAGUCUACGCCCAGCUCUGGCUGGUCCUCUUCUACCGCCACAAGAAGUUCAGCUACCAGACAGUCUUCCUUUUCCUCUGCCUCUUCUGGGCCGCCCUGCGGACCACCCUCUUCUCCUUCUACUUCAGGAACACCCUCAAGGCCAACCACCUGAGCCCCUUCUUCUUCUGGCUUCUCUACUGCUGCCCCGUCUGCCUCCAGUUCUUCACCUUGACCCUCAUGAACCUCUACUUUGCCCAGGUAAAUGUUAAAAUGGCUGCGCUCACCCAGGUUCCUUGUGAGCAAGGAUGCUCCUUUGGACUCUUUGGCUCCGGCUGGGAGCACUGAAAGGGCUUUCGGUACAUUUGGUGGUUAUAUUUUCACAUCCACCCUCAGCACUAUUGCACUAUCCUUGGUUUCAGUGUCUGCUAUCCUCCAGGCAUACAGGGUGAUUCAAAAAGAACGGUGCGAAACCGAAUAAGAACAGUAUGUAGAGAGAUCUUGUAGCACCUUUGAGACUAACUGAAAGAAAGAUGUUGGCAGCAUGAGCUUUCCAAGACUUUGGUCUACUUGCAUCUGAGGAAGUAGACUGAAAGAAAGAAAGCCAGUGGGCAAGUGAGGCACCAGGGUUUGCAUGCGCUCGCUCUUCUUUCCCAUGUGCCUUGGCCAGCUGAAGCAAGCUAGCCAAAGCACUGGGAAAGGCAGGAAGGGUGCAUGCGUGUGCGUGUGCACCUCUCCUUACCCAUUGCCUUGGCUUGCUGGGCCCAGAGC